CCAUCCUUUCCAUGGAGCUUCCUUUCUUCCAUUUCUUCUACACCUAUCUCACACCCUCCGCCCCUCCCCUUUGACUCUUCUUCUCCCCUCCAUUUAUGACCCACUUGACCUCGAUUCCCACUUUUCUCAUAUAACCCAUCAACCCUUCUUCUCUGUUCUUCAAUUCCCCUGUUUCUUCAUCCAAUUCCCCCCUUCUUCUUGUCGGAUUUCGCUACUUUACCUGAAGAACAUCAAAGGGUCGAUGAACGAUUUGUUCUCCUCUCGCUCUUUCUCUCGCGACAGCCAUGUCGUUGAGAUGGGUAUCUCCUCCUCUUCCCCUACUGCUGCUAAUCUCGACAAGUUCUUUGAAGACGUUGAAUCUGUGAAAGAUGAACUCAAGGAGCUUGAGAAACUCUACCAGAACCUCUACGACUCCCAUGAACAGAGUAAGACGCUUCACAAUGCUAAGGCUGUUAAGGACCUCCGAUCUCGCAUGGAUUCUGAUGUUUCCCUUGCUCUCAAGAAGGCUAAGCUCAUUAAGGUCCGAUUAGAGGCGCUUGAUCGCUCCAAUGCCUCCAAUCGGACCCAACCUGGCUGCGGCCCUGGAUCGUCCUCUGACCGGACUCGGACUUCUGUGCUCAGUGGGUUGAGGAAGAAAUUGCAGGAUUCGAUGGAGGGGUUCAAUAAUUUGAGGCAACAAAUCUCUUCUGAGUAUAGGGAGACCGUGCAGCGAAGGUAUUUCACUGUUACUGGUGAAAAUCCGGAUGAGAAAACCAUUGAUAUCUUGAUAUCUACAGGGGAAAGCGAGACAUUCUUGCAGAAAGCCAUUCAAGAACAAGGAAGAGGCAGAAUCUUAGACACCAUUAGCGAGAUCCAGGAGAGGCAUGAUGCAGUGAAAGACCUGGAAAGGAAUCUGCAGGAGCUGCAUCAGGUUUUCAUGGACAUGGCGGUCUUGGUACACGAACAAGGCGAAAAACUCGACGACAUCGAGAGCCAUGUGAACAGAGCUCAUUCUUUUGUUCGUGGUGGCACACAGGAGUUGUCAAAAGCAAGAGUAUACCAGAAAAGCACUCGUAAAUGGACGAUUAUUGGCAUUAUCAUUUUGCUGAUCGUUGCCUUGAUUAUUAUCCUCAGCCUGCGCCCUUGGACUUGGAAUGGUGGUAAUAGUAGUGGCUCUACUCCAGCCCCUUCAACUCCAACCCCCUCAGCCCCAACUCCUCCAGCCACUUGAAAUGCAGCGCCUAGGCCUGCCUCGUUUCUACGAUGUUUGACGAGUAGUUUCCUACCGAAAAACUCUCGAUCGAGCCCUCACACCGUUCGUCUGUAUGUUACUGCCCAUAUUACCUCGUUUUGUAUCAUUAUUUUUGUUAGAUGGAGAGGCCUUGAUGUCAUUGAAUUAGCAGGUGAAUGGUUCUUUUGGAUUAGACACUGUUGUAUAAACCCAUUGGUGCUUAGAUUCUUUUGUGUAAUAAAUUUCAUAUUUCAGAGUAAAUUAGUGUAUGUAUCGUGUUCUCUAUCUCCGAAUAAAGUGACCGACUUGAGUCUA